GACGGAGAGAUAAAUUCCAUGCCACUUUCCCACCAGAACCUCCCUUUUCCCUCUUUCGCCGUUGAUGGUGCUUGCUGCCGGAACUUCCGCCGUGGAUGGACGACGGCGAUCCUUCCCUGUCCGAUAAAGAGGAGGAGAACGAUGAGGAAGACGUGGCGGACAUUCUGUUGCGAAUUCCGAUCGUCGAUGCUCCCAUACUCGUCUUUGUUUGCUUCCACAAGGCUUUUCGCUCUGAACUCGAUCACCUUCGUCUCUUGGCGGAAACGGCGUCGUUGGAGAACGAGCCACGCCGUUGCCGGCAACUGAUCCUUCAGCUUCAACGUAGGUUCCAGUUUCUGAAAUUAGCACAUAAGUAUCACUGUGCUGCGGAAGACGAGGUUAUCUUUCUUGCACUGGAUGCUCAUGUGAAAAAUGUCGUUUGUACAUAUUCGCUUGAACAUAACAGCACCUCAGACCUUUUUGGAUCUGUUUUCCACUUCUUGGAAGAGCUGAUGGUUCCUAAAGAGAAUAUUUCGAAGUUGUUCCAAGAACUUGUGUACUGUAUUGGUAUCUUGCAAACCUACAUCCACAAACAUAUGCUGAAAGAAGAAAAACAGGUUUUUCCCCUGUUGAUGGAGAAAUUAUCAACUGAAGAACAGGCCUCACUUGUGUGGCAAUUCAUAUGUAGUGUUCCUAUAAUGUUGCUGGAGGAAAUUUUGCCAUGGAUGGUAUCCUUCCUUUCUGCAAGUAAGCAGUCAGAAGUUACUCAGUGUUUAAAUGAAAUUGCACCAAUGGAAAAAGCACUGCAAGAGGUUUUGGUUUCUUGGCUUAGAAGCAACAAACAAACCAUUACUGAGACCUGUUUUCAGAGUGGAGAAUUUCAAGGUGUUGAGGGUUUCCUACAUAUAGAAAGAUCACUAGAGCUGAGUUCUAAUAGGAAAACCGAAGAAACUUCAAAUCUUAUGGAAGAUAAUGGCCGAGAAAUAGAAGAUGGAGAUGGGGCCAACCAGGUUAAUGUCCUUCAUUUUUGGCAUAAUGCCAUCAAGAAAGAUUUGAAAGAAAUUCUGAAAGAACUUUACCUACUAAGAAAAUCCAGCUGUUUUCAGAAUUUAGACUCAGUACUUAUCCAACUAAAAUUCUUUGCCGAUGUCCUCAUCUUCUACAGCAAUGCUCAGAAGAAAUUCUUUCAUCCUGUACUGAGUAAACAUGCUUAUGGCUGGUUGUCCAAGUCAAUUGAACAAUUUCUCAGUGAAAGUAACAUUGAAGAUAUACAACAGCUGCUAUUCUAUAACUCAGAAAGUGGAAUACCUUUGACCAAGUUCUUAGAGAAGCUUUGCCGAAAACUUGAAUCAUUUGUGUCAGGAGUCAACAAACAAUUUGCUUUUCAAGAAAAUGAGGUGUUUCCCAUAUUUAGAAAGAACUGCAGAAAUGGAAUGCAAGAGAGACUUCUAAGCUUGAGCCUACAUAUGAUGCCUCUGGGGUUGCUCAAAUGUGUUAUAACUUGGUUUUCGGUUCGAUUGUCUGAAAAGGAGUCCAGGUCCAUUCUCUAUUGCAUAAAGAAAGGAAACAAUUCAGUCUGUAAAGCUUUUUCAUCACUGUUACAUGAGUGGUUCCGCAUUGGCUAUUCAGGUAAAACCUCUAUUGAAAAAUUCAGACUAGACUUGCAACACAUGUUCAAAAGAAGAUGCUUUAUUUCACCUGAACAAAUUAAGGAAGCUCAUGGAUUUUCUUUCUUAAAUUCUGAGAAGCAGCUUUAUGAAGUCUCUGACCAGAAUUCUUUGCCCUGUUCUUCCUCGUCUGGAUCCAGUAAUGUAAACAAGUAUGAGAUACCAUACUCUAUAGGAAUUAAUCUGCACAUAUUUUUUCCUGCCACAGUUGGGAAGUUAUAUCAGUAUCCUGCAUUACAUGCAGCAGAACGAUCUUCUAUUUCCUUUCUUGAAGAUCCGAAACCAAUUGACCUAAUAUUUUUCUUUCACAAAGCUAUCAAGAAAGAUUUGGAGUUCCUAGUUCUUGGCUCAGCCCAGCUAGAAAAGAAUGAUAAGUUGCUUAUGGAUUUCCAAAAACGAUUCCAUCUCAUAUAUUUUCUUCAUCAAAUCCACAGUGAUGCUGAAGAUGAGAUAGUUUUUCCAGCCUUGGAGGCAAGAGGAAAACUAAAAAACAUUAGCCAUGCCUACACUUUUGAUCACAAACAUGAAGUUGAACACUUCAAUAAAAUAUCUCACAUCCUUGAUAAGAUGUCUAGAUUACAUCUUUCAGUUUCUACAACCGAUUCAAAUAUAAAGGAGAUGGGACUGAUGAGGUAUCAGCAUUUAUGCAGGAAGCUGCAAGAAAUGUGCAAAUCAAUGCAUACAUCCCUUUCCAAUCAUAUAAACCGCGAGGAAAUAGAAAUUUGGCCUAUAAUUAGAAAAUUCUUCACAAAUCAGGAGCAAGGGAAGAUCUUGGGAUGCAUGCUUGGAAGAAUAAAAGCAGAAAUAUUACAAGAUAUGAUACCUUGGCUAAUGGCAUCUUUGACACAGGAAGAACAACACGUUUCAAUGUUCUUAUGGUCCAUGGCUACUAAAAAUACAAUGUUUGGUGAAUGGUUGGGUGAAUGGUGGGAUGGGUACAGUUUAGCUAAGGUAACGGAGGGCUCAAACGAUGCCCGUCCUCAGCCUGUUGAGCCAAUGGAGAUCAUAUCCAAAUAUUUAUCUGAAGAAAUUCUAAAUAAAUUGCAAGAAGAAUCAUCUGCCAACAAAAGCAUAAAUUUUUUGGAGAAGGAUCGUAUUGGUGAUAAUGUUAGGCUAUCUAACUGCAACCACAAUGAUAAAGUUAAGGUUCAUAAUGCAGAAGAAAAAGAUAAUCAAUGUUUAAAAAGAACAAAUCAAGUUUAUGAUCACCACAAACAUGCUUGCAAUGAGGUAGCAGAUUUCAUAAAUCCGGUAGUCAAUGAAGGUAAGUCGUCUAAGCUCUGUGACGAGUCUGGGCGUUAUGACCGACUUUUGAAAUUGAGCCAAGAUGAUUUGGAGACUGUGAUAAGAAGGGUGUCUCGUGACUCUUGCUUAGAUCCUCAGAAAAAGUCGUACAUAAUACAGAAUCUACUGAUGAGCCGUUGGAUUAUUAGCCAGCAGAUCUCUUCUACAGAAGUCAGUAUAAAAAAUGAUGAACCGGAAUUUCCUGGGAAGCAUCCAUCGUACAGGGAUCCUCUCAAGCUAAUCUACGGAUGUAAACACUACAAGAGGAAUUGUAAGCUUUUUUCUCCAUGUUGCAACCAACUUCAUACCUGCAUACAUUGUCAUAACGACGAAUCAGAUCAUUCAAUUGAUAGAAAAUCUAUUACAAAGAUGAUGUGUAUGAAGUGUUUGACGAUUCAACCAAUCAGUGCCACAUGCUCAACAAUUUCUUGCAAUUUAUCGAUGGCAAAAUAUUACUGCAGAAUCUGCAAAUUAUUUGAUGAUGAAAGGGAAAUCUACCAUUGUCCUUACUGUAACCUGUGUCGAGUUGGAAAGGGUUUGGGUGUAGACUACUUUCACUGUAUGAAUUGCAAUGCUUGUAUGGCCCGUUCUCUUAUGGCGCAUACAUGCAGGGAGAAACAUUUAGAGGACAACUGUCCAAUUUGUCAUGAAUAUAUCUUCACAUCCUGCUCUCCUGUAAAAGCCCUCCCAUGUGGUCAUGUGAUGCACUCAACAUGUUUUCAGGAAUACACAAGCUUUAAUUAUAUCUGCCCCAUAUGUAGCAAGUCACUUGGAGACAUGCAGGUAUAUUUUAGGAUGUUAGAUGCGUUAUUGGCUGAAGAGAGUAUUUCCGAUGAGAUGUCAGGUCAAACUCAGGUUAUAUUAUGUAAUGACUGUGAAAAGAAAGGAUCAAGUCCCUUCCACUGGCUCUACCACAAAUGCCCUAGCUGUGGUUCCUACAACACCAGAGUUCUAUGAUUCCUCUCCAUCAACACCUGCUUUUCCUCCCUUCUCUGUUUUUAAACAAUAGAUUGUAAAACAUUUAAUGUUUUUCUGCAUUGCUUGUGCCUGAAUAAUCAUCCCGUAGCAUUUAAAUUGUCUCUCUUUGCAAAACACUAGAAUCAUCAUUGCAUCUUUAGUUUGAAAAACAUGAAAUGUCAUUAGCCACAACUUUCUACGAGUACACAUUUGUUCUUCA